GAGGAGGGCGGGGACGACCUGCUGGCCGCGGUGGAGGAGGCGCGGCGCGCGGCGGCGGCCGCCAAGGCUGCGGCGAGGGGCAAGGGCGGCGCGGGCCGCGGCGUUGCCAGCAGGGCCGUGGGCAUCGGCGGCGGCGGCGGCGGCGGGCGUGAUGGCUUCAGCGAUGACGAUGACGAGGACGCUGACGAGGCGCUGGUUGACCUGGCGCUGGAGGAGAUGCUGGAGGCCGCGGGGGGCGGCAGCGGCAGCGACGACUUUGGGGUGCACGACGACUACGAGGGGUGA